AGCUCUUUUUCAAUUCUCUGCUUCCCAUGACCAGCUCGUAGCUAUUUCUUCUUUUCGUCUUCCUACUUCGUCUCCUCCUCGCCUCCCUAUUCUUGGCCCCCUGGAUAGAGCUACUGCUUAGCUUCCACGUGCGACGAUCUGCCCCCCCGCGACACUCAAAAUCCACGCAUUGCGACGCUUCCGUCUCCCUCGAAACAUCUUCCUGCCCUUCCGCCCUCUCGAGCUCGAAUCCUAACGUUACCAUCGUCUAUUCGCAGCCAUGGAACUGUCCGAUAUCUUCCGCAUUGUUAACUUGGUUGUGGCGGGCGUCACGGUUCUUGGUGGUGUUUUCCACAUCUUCCCUAUUGGACUCCAGAAUAUCAUUAUCGGUAUCUACAUGAUUGUUUUUGGACUUGCUAUUGCUCUGCUGGAAUUCCAAGUCCCUCCCCAAGUUUCGCGAUACGCCAACUUCCUCUUCUCCUUCAUUGGCCGUGGUGUUUUCUACAUCCUCAUCGGAGGCCUUCUCCUCGGCGACAAGGUCAUUGCCAACAUUGCUGGUGGCAUCGUCGGUAUCGCCGGAAUUGGCUACGUUGGCCUCGAGUUCGUCCCCCUGAUCGAACCCCCGAGCAGCAUGCGAGAGGCCGAUUCUGGCUGGGGCGCCGAGCAAGUCUAAACGGGCAUUGCGCCUGUCAGACAUGACCAGCCAGGAAUAGCACAGCAGCGUCCAGAGAAUGGCGGAUAAAAACCUCUCAGCCGCGUGAGAUGUAACAUGACACAAAGAAUCUGAGAGAGCAGUGUUAUUCUUUUGGGCGCUGUAAAAGAAAUGGGGUCAAAGGAGGAGGUAUCAAGGGCCAUCAUGGGAUGCAAUUUACGGCGAAGAUUAUGGGCGACUUAUAUGUGUUACGGUGCGGCUCUAGAGGUUUGGUUCCAGCUUGGUCCUAGUAUUUGGUAUUACAGUGAUUAUCAUAAUAUACUACAAUGCAUUUCAUAAAGACAGAUUUGAUUCAAAUGUAUUAC